UCUGUCACAGCAGGGUACCGUGUAAGUCGGUUGAGCAAAUGCCACCACUGUUUUUUUUUCAAGACAGGAAUUUGCAUGCACUGGCUUAUGAAGGUGUGCCACUGCUCCAGCUGAUGUUUGAAGUUGACGGUGGACUUUGAGGAAAUUGAUACUGCUGCUAUUGUUGCUGGACCCUAUACAUGUAGGGCAAGGACAGAUACUCUUUUUAUAAAGGAUCACUUAACACAAAAGAUGUCUGCAAGGUUCACUGAGAGACAGGGCUUAGCCAAGAAAGAUGAACAAGAGAGAGUACAAAAGAAGACAUUCACCAACUGGAUUAACUCCUAUCUUUGUAAGAGGAGACCUCCCAUAAAAGUGAAAGAUUUAUUUGAAGAUUUCAAAGAUGGUACCUGUUUACUUUAUUUGUUGGAGGUGUUGUCUGGAGAGAAAAUGGCAAUUGAGAAAGGCAAGCAUUGCAAGCGUCUGCAUUUUCUCAGUAAUGUCACCACAGCUCUCAAGUACUUGGAGUCCAGAAAGAUCAAGCUAGUAAACAUAAACCCCACAGACAUAGUAGAUGGCAAGCCGUCCAUUGUAUUGGGUCUUAUGUGGACAAUCAUUCUUUAUUUCCAAAUUGAAGAAAAUGCCAAAUUGCUGGAACAACUGGAGGCCAGUCUGGCAGACAUGGAUGGGGAGCCCCCAGAGAAAAAGAUGUCUGCCAAAGACAGGUUUAAAAUGGGUGCUAAGAAAGCUCUGCUGGUGUGGACGAAACACACUGUUGCCAAGGCAUAUGUGGCAAAAAAAGACAUCUGCUCUGAAGUAUAUGACAAUCACGCAGAACUUGAAGCACUUGAAGACGGAGGAAGAGACUUGUCAAACAAUUUCAGAUCUCGCGAAACUGCAGCUUUAAAGACAAAACUUUCAAAUCUGCGCAAAAAAUGGGAGAAUAUUUGUGCGCACGCCAAAGAACAAAGCACUGUGUUGUCUGACAAUGUUAAACACUGGCACAGGUAUCAAAAUAACUUACAGCAAUUACUUCCAUGGUUGGACAAUGCUGAUAAACUGUUAUCAGCCCCUGUCGCCCAGACGUCCUCCAUGGAAGAAGCCAAAGAACAAUUACAAAAUUACCAAGCCUUUUUGAAAGAACAAGAAGAAAACCAUGCUCUUUAUGACAAUCUACUGGAAGAGUCUAGUCGCCUGUUGGAUAACCCAGAGGUCUCUGCCCAGAUGCAGGAAAUUCAGAGUCGUUGGAACACGAUCCAAGUGCAGGCGGAGGAACGCGCCAACGUGCUUGAUCAGAUGUACACACAGUGGGAGUCCUAUCACCAAGAGGUGGGAGAAUACGAAGACGUUUUGGACCAAUAUGAGAAACUUUUGGCUGGAGAUGAAACGGUUCUCACCAGCAGCAUCAAUGUUCAGAAACUGGAAAUGGAGCUAGCUAAGCAUAAGGCUUUGCAAGAAGAGAUAAAGAGUCGACAGCCAGUCCUGGCCUCUGUUGACAAACAAUUCCGCCAGCUUCAACCCCAUGUUUGCCCUGACGCUGUAGAGGCCCUAGAAAGCAAGCAGAAACAGGUUCAGCAAGACUCCCUCAGUCUCACAUCCACCAUUUCUCAGCGGGUCUCAGCCAUUGCCCAGACCCUCCAAGAAAGGAAAAACUUUUACAAUAAACUGGAGGCCUUUGAGAAAUGGCUAAAAAAGAUGCACAGACGUAUUGAGGAAACCAGUGAAAUCUACAGUGACGAUGUUGAUAAAGGCUACAGCAGAACACAGGCUGAACAAAUUGAGGCUGAGAGUAAACGAUCCACAUUCACUAAACUUUAUGCUGAGAUUACUGAACUUAGAAAACAUUGCCCUCCCGAGGAGGCAGAAGAUCUUGCAGAAAGACAAAAUACUGUCCGUGAAGAGCACAACAGUCUUCAUCGGGUGUUGGCGAACAGAGAGGAAAUAUUUCAAAAAUGGUCACCUUAUCAGACAAUGCAUCACGAAAACCAAAUCAAACUUGAAGCAAUUCAGACAAGACUGAAGUCUGAGGAAUUGACCUCAAAUGACCUUGAGCAGCUGUCCCAUGACCUGGAAGAUGUGCAAACCAAAAUGGCGGAAUGGACCAAACAUGCACACACACUAGACGAAUUGAUGCCUGAAGCAAGGGUCACAAUAUUAGACAAAGCAAAACAGACUCCCGUUCAUUUCUCCAUCGAGGUCCAAAGCAUAUUGGGAUUGUGUAAUGUGGUUGCUAAGGAAAUUCAGUUACGCCAGGAAAAUUUGAAUGAGAUUGAAUCUCUCUGGCAGAAAUUCUUAGCUGAGAAAAAGAAACUCGAGAAUACAAUAGAUGAUAUUAGUCAACAAAUAGAAGCAGCUGAAGUAAAGGAGUCAACUUUGGAAGGGAUAAAGAGCUUGUCAAAAGAUAUAAUGACUGUUCAAAAGGAAAAAGAUGCUCUAGUGCCAAAUUAUGAGAGUCUCCAUGACAGAGGACAGCAGCUCCUGCGCCUUUCUCCCAGCAGAGUGCCAGAAAUUCAGCAGAAUUUGAAGUUCAUUGAGAACCGUUGGGAACAUUUCCAGGCUUUGGUUCUUGAAAGAGCUGAUGGUUGCUCGUCCUUAAUAGACCUUUGGCAGCAGUAUCUGGAUGCCCACCAGGGGGUGCUCAGGUUGCUCAGUGAGGUCAAGGCUGUUGCAGAAGCCACAACAGAUUGCAACAGCCAGGCAGCAGUCAGAGAAAUGCUCAACAAACUGAAAAAAGCAGAAUUUGAACUGGUCAGUAACCACACACAGUUGAAUUAUUUCAAUACCAAGGCCCAAAAGCUGAUCAGUGACCUCCAUGUUCUUAAGAAUUUCAACAAUUCACGGUUGAAAAAAGAAAUACAGGCUGAUAAUGAUGCUUGGCAGAAAACAUUACUGUUGUUAUCAGAGAACAAGCAGAACCUUGAGGCUCAGCUGGUCUACUGGGGCCAGAUCCUGACCCAGAAUGAGGAGGUCCUCACCUGGAUCCAGGGAGUGGUGGACAGACUGGAGGACCACGCUCAUCACUUCAGGGACACUGUCGGGGCUCAAAAUGCCAUGGACAGGUACAAGGGUGAAUUACCCUACUUUGAAGAUCUGUUUGAAUCUGCCUGUAAGAAAACCAGCGACCUCCAACGUCUGAACAAUGGAUGUGAGAUCGAGAGUCUUCAAAUGGCACAGCAACAGAUCGACGCUCUGUUCAAAAAAGCUGAUGACCUGGCUGACCAGUUAGAAGGCAUUCUGACCGAGUUCCUCGACCUGACCGAGAGACUGACCGGGGAGGUGGAAGAAGAAGCCUCCAUGUUGAACAGUAUGAAGGAAUACUUGGCCAAGUAUGAUGAUGUGACUGGGACUGAUGAACAGCUGGUGGAGAGACUGGAUGAUUGCAGGACAAUCCAUGACCAGUUCCUUGCUAGUCAAGAAAAAGUAGCAGAACUGCAGGAAAAACUUGCCACUUUGACUGCCAAAUAUCAGACUCCAGAGACUGCCAGUCUUGCCAAAGAUCUGGCCGCCUUGGCCAAGAAGCACGAAAUGUCUCUUCAGAGAGCUGAGAAAGUUGAAGACAUCUUAGAACGCACCCUAGAACAACAUGCUAAUGAGGCAGAGCAAGAUCAUCAAAGGUGGCUGACGGCAGCGAAGGAGAAGAUGGCUUGGUGUGAGGAGCCAGCUGGGGACAGAUACAGUGUGGAAGCUAAAUUGUCAGCCAUUGAGGAUUUGUUGAGAGAAACUGGUGAAGGUGAAACCAAAACAGAUUUAGCAGAAUCCAAGAUGUCCCUGCUUGAGAGCACACUGACAGGAUCUAGACAGAGUGACUUACAGGGCAGGGGCUCCAUGGCCAGGGAUGACUUCAAAGACUUUGUGGAUAAUCUACACCAAACCAAAGAGAGGCUGGAGUCCACCUUACAACAAUGGGAUGAGUAUGAGGAGACAGAGGAGGCUGAGAUGCUAUGGUUAAAGAACACUGAGGCCAGAGUGAGAACUGAAGCAACUCUCAAACCUGACCUACAGGGCAAGAAGAAGCAACUAGAAUCAUUCCAGGCCUUGUUACAAGAUGUAGAGGCACACGAAGAUGCAAUGUCCACCUUGGGGUCCCAGGCAGGUGACCUGGCAGAAACCACAGGUGACAACAGGGUGACAGCCUCAGCCACUCAGAUGUCUGCCAAGUUCCAACAGCUAGUGGAACUAAUCAAGGACCAGGUAGAGACAUGUGAGACCAGUGUCCAGGACCAUGAGGACUUCCAGAAGAAGUACUCCCUCAGUGUGGGCUGGCUGGAGGCUGCCUCAAAGAGACUGCAGGAUGUGUCUGACACGGCUGGGGACAAGGAAGAGAUUCAGGCCAGGCUGGCAGAAGUCAAGGAGUUGGCCAACAGUAAAGAAGAAGGUGCAGAUAAGUUUAACUCGUGUCUGACGGCAGGGGACAAGCUUCACCCACACACAGCAGUUGAGGGGCGCGAGGUGAUCCGCCACGAGGUGCGAGCCCUACGAGAAAUGUGGGAGAAGUAUUGUAACAAUCUGACACAUGCACAGAAUUCUUUAGAGAUGCGCCUAAUGCAGUGGCAAUCUUACGACGAAAGCCAUGACCACUUAAAAGAAUGGGUGGCUGAGAUGGAGCAGCAGGUCGGGGAGGAUGUGGAGCUGAAGUCCACUCUGCAAGAGAAGAAGGCUUUGGCUCAGCAUUACAAAGGUGUUUGUCAAGAAGUGAUGUCUCACCAGGGUCUGCUGGAGAAUGUGGGAGAGAGGGCUCAAGUGUUGGCCUCCCCCAGUGUCCACGGCAAGAUGGACAAGCUCAAGUCCAGAUACAGAAAUCUCUGUCUGACAGCCAAGGAGCAUGUAAUGAAGAGUGGUCAGUUUUCUGAGGAGCACCAGCAGUUCCAGGAGGCCUACCAACAGUGUCUAGAGUGGUUGCAGGUGACCCAGGAGAAGCUGAAGGUCUGCUCAGACACUACAGGGGACAGACAGACACUGGUCAACAGGCUGGACAGACAGAUGGAAAUUAUGUCAACUAAACACGAAGGCCAGACCAAGCUUAAUGUCGCCAGGAGCCUAGCAGAAAAAGUGAUACCCCACACUGCCCCAGAGGGUCAAGCGGUCAUCCAGGCCGAACUCCAGACCUUGCAGGAUACCUGGGAUCAGACCAACAGCAAGGCAGCAGAUAUUAAAGCCAACCUUCAAACUGCUAUUCAUUCCUGGGAAGACUAUGAGCAUGUCUUCAACAGCCUGAGUAAGUGGGUCAGAGAAACAGAGCUGAAGUUGAAGGAUAACGACCUCAAGGCCACAUUACCUGACAAGACAGUCUACCUUGAAAACUUGAAGGCUUUGAACAAAGAAGUUUCAGACAAGCAGACGUCAAUUGACAACUUGGGUCACAAAGCCCAGAAACUGGCCAGCAGUGACCCCAAAGUGUCCAGUGUGACCACACAGCUGACCACCAGGUACCAGGCACUCAAGAGCCAUGUUAAGGACUUGGUAGUGCAGUGGGAGGACCAUGUAAGAGAGCACCAACAGUACUCUGAGAAAUUCUCCUCCUGUACCCAGUGGAUGGGAGAGCUGAGGCGGGGACUGGAGAAGUGUGCAGACUUCAGUGGGGACAAAGCAGCCAUUGAAGGACGCCUUGCUGCUGUACAGGAGCUGAUGUUGGAAAAGGAUCAGAGUUCUAACAUCCUCCACCAGACUCUAGAGAGUGGAGAGAGGUUACAGCUGUCCACUGCCCCUGUUGGUAGGGAGGUGGUCAGGCAGGAGCUAAGAACUCUGAGAGAUGGCUGGGACACAUUGAGUGACAAACUGUCAGAAACCCAGCAUCAGCUAGAAACCAGUCUUGGUCAGUGGUUCUCCUUCAUUGAGAAUUAUGAAGAUACUCAAAAAUGGCUGACUGAGACUGAAAAUAAAGUGAGGAAAGAGAAUGAGCUGAAGGCUACACUCCAAGAGAAGAAGGUUCAAGUGCAAAAUCAAAAGAUCUUGCAACAAGACAUCGAAUCUCACCGCCGUCUGCUGGACAAUCUGGAAGACAAGGCCUACCGUCUCAGUCAGUCAGGACACCAGCUGACCCACCAGGUGCCAGAACUGAAAUCUCAGUACCAGAAACUGAUGCAGCAUUGUACCGAAAACCUUCACAAGUUUGAGCAACAUCUGAGGGACCACCAGGUGUAUAGUGACUCGUUCCAAGAGCUCCAGUCCUGGCUGAAUUCAAUGGAGGACAAGCUGGCAAGGUGCUCUGAUCUCAGUGGGGAUAAGCAUGCCAUCAGGAGUAAACUGGACAAGAUGGAGGACUUGAAUCGCCACAGAUCUGAAGGAGAGAUUAAGCUUGUGGAUACUCGCCAAUAUGCAGAAAAGACACUGACCAAUACCUCUUCCACUGGUAAAGAGAAGAUCCGCUGUGACCUGGAUACUUUGAGUGCUGACUGGGCCACGUAUACCUCUCAGUUAACACGAACUCAGGGAGAAUUAGAGAGUAUUGUGCUCCAGUGGGAAGAACAUGAGGAUGCUCUCAAGGACAUAAUGCAUUGGUUGAAGGAGAAGGAGGGUCAGGUCAAACAACAGGAACUCAAAGCCACCCUGGUGGAAAAAGAGACCCAUUUGAAAGAACUGCAGGUUCUCAGUCGUGAUGUUGAUGGGUUUCAGUCAGAGAUUCAAGAAUUUGGUGACAACUGCCAGUCACUGAUGCAAGUCAGCAGUGAUGGCAGAAUACACACUAACAUUACUCAGGUUACCACCAGAUAUAACAAUCUGGGCUCUACUAUCAGAGGUCUUAUCGAGAAGUGGGAUCAUAUGGUAUCGGAUCACCAGGAUUACGAGGGCAAGCUACUUGACUUUGUUGACUGGGUGAAUGCUGCUAAAGACAGAAUGAACAGCAAUGUGGAUACAUCUGGAGACAAAGAGGAAUUGGAAGAGAGGAAGGCUAUACUUCAGGAAAUAACGGCUGAGAGAGAAGAAGGUCUCAUGAAGUUGAAUGCCCUCAGUGAGUCUGCAGACAAGCUGUACAAAGACACCGCUGCUGCAGGACGCGAGAAAAUACGACAGCAGGUUCGAGAUGCCAAAGAGGACUGGGACCAUCUCUUCACAGCCAUUAGUGAUGCUCAGCAUAAGUUUGAGACUGUCUUGAUGCAGUGGUCUUCCUUCAGCGAGAGUCGGCAGCAGAUACAGAAGUGGCUUGUUGAAGCCGAGAUGGCUGUUGCCAUAGAUACUGAAGUGAAGAACACACUGCAUGAAAAGAGAGGACAGCUGCAGCAUCAUAAGACUCUUCAGCAAGAUGUCAGUGCCCACCAGCGUGUGAUAGAGACUGUGGUUCAGAAGGCCCAUGUUGUGGUCCACAGCAGUGGUAACCCUGAGGUGGAGAGGUUCAUCACAGACACACAGGACAGGUACCAGACCCUGGUCACCAGAGUCAAGACCCAGUUGCAGAAAGCACAGCAGACGGUAGAUGAUCACCAGCAGUUUGAGGAUGCUCACCAGGCAGCAUGUGACAGCUUGAGUCUGAUGAAGGACAGGCUUGCCAUGUGUGCAGACGUCAUUGGGGAUAAACACACGCUUCAGAGCAAACUGGACAGACUGCAGGACUUGACUGCCUCAAUGUCUGAGUGUGAAGCCAAACUUCAGGCCUGUAGGACCAGUGCUGACAAGACAAUGGCCAGUUCUGGCCACGCUGGACAACAGGAGGUUCAGCAACAGAUAGACGCUCUCAAGCUGGACUGGGAAAAGCUUAUUAAUAGCACCAUGGAUGCCAAGAUCCACCUGGAGGAUGCUGUUCAAAUGUGGGUGCGUUAUGAAGAACAGUAUGACCACCUCUCUCACUGGCUCAAGGAUAUGGAGAGGAAAUUGAAGGAGUUUGGUCCACAGUCUACACUGGAGGAAAAGAAACAACAGCUGCAGAAAUAUCAAGUGUAUUAUCAGAAACGGCAGGAGGAUGACUCCAUGGUUUUAGAGGAUAUGGGAAGUGAAGGGGAACAUGUCCACCAACAGACUAUAAAAGCCCACCAGGCUGAGAUUGACGAGUUUGCUGACCAUGCUCAAACUUUAGCGCAAACCACUUCUGAGACCAGAGUGACCACUCAAGUCUCUCAACUGACCUCCAGAUACCAGUCCCUACUGACCGCUGUGAAGGAGAUCGUGAAAAAAUGCGAACAGAACGUGUUGGACCACCAGGUGUUUAAUGAGAAGUGCGAGGAGUACCGAACAUGGCUGAAAGCUGCCAAGAACAAACUGGAGCUGUGCUCUGAUGUCUCUGGGACCAGGAAACAGAUAGAAGAAAAGGAAGCCAAUAUCCAGGAGCUUCAAGUUGAAAAAGAAACUGGCUUCAGCAAACUAAACCAUGCCAUCGAGGCAGGAGAGAAGCUAUAUCCAAACACUGCUACUGACGGGAAAGAAUCCAUCCGCCAUGACAUUCGUAACAUGAAAUCUGGAUUUGAGAAACUUUUCGACGAGGUAGUGACCACGCAGAGAAGACUUGAUGGUAGCCGAGUCCAAUGGUCAUCAUUUGAUGAUAGUGUCACCACUCUGAAGCUGUGGGUACAAGAUAUGGAGAAUAAGGUGAAGGCAGAAUUGGUGCUCAAGUCUACACUGGAGGAAAAGAAAUCCCAACUUAUUUCAUACAAGAGCUUGCAGCAGGACAUCCAGGCGUAUCAGCGUGUGGUGGACAGUGUCCGAGAUAAGGCCCAGUCUCUAAGUGACAGCACCAGUGACCCCCAUAUUACACAGCACAUGGCACAGCUCACUGCAAGAUAUCAAGAGCUAUGUGUGGCAGCCAAGGAACUUGUCCACAAGUAUGAGACGAUAGUUUCUGAUCACCAGCAGUACUACGACUCGUCCUCCAGUUGUCUGGACUGGCUGGAGGCUAUGAAAGAGAGGCUAGCUCUGUGUGAUGAUGUCACAGGGGACAAACAUGCCGUACAGAGUCGACUGGAUAGACUACAGCGGCGUUUUGACAUCUUGGUGCUAAAGAUGGAGGGAGACCCCAAACUGGCUGGAGUCCAGUCUGAUGCUGAGAGGGUCAUCCCGUUCACUGUCACUCAUGGUCAAGAAGCUAUAAAGAGAGACACAGAGGAGCUGAAGACCGACUAUGACAACUUUGUAACCAAACUAGAGCAGACAAAGACAGACCUUGAGGACUGCUUGCGCCAUUGGCAGACAUUUGAGGACAAGUAUGACACCUGCUCUAACUGGGUCAAGGAGAUGGAGAUGAAACUGAAGACAGUAGAACUGGUGGGAACACAGAGAGAAAAGUCAGCUCAACUGGAGAAACUGAAGGGCUGGCAGGAAGAGGUGUCCCUGUACCAGUUACAGAUAGACAACUGUUGUGACUGUGCCAGUACACUGAGCAGACUGAGCACAGACUCUAGGGUCAGCACUCAGGCCUCCCAACUCAACCACAAGUAUCAGGCUCUCAUUAUCACUGUCAGGGAGACUGUACGUCGCUGGGAGCAGUUUGUCAUUGACUGCCAGCAGUAUCAAGACGCCAGGGAGAACUGCCUGAAGUGGCAGGCUGUUAUCAGAGAGAAGCUGGCCAAGUGCAGUAUUGGUGCUGGGGACAAGAAAGCCCUUCAAGAGAGACUGGAACAAUUGAAGGAGUUGGCAAGCAACAGAGACCAAGGGUUCAGAAAAAUUCAAGCUGUGACAGAUGCUCUACAGCUCGUCUUGCCAAACACGUCACCUAUAGGACGGGACAACUUGCGUAGAGAGCAACAAUCACUGCAGGAAGACUGGGACAGUUUGGGAGCCAGUGUGAAUGAUGCCAAGACCAAACUGGAGAGCUGUAUGACACAGUGGUCGGUGUAUGAUGACAGCACUGGUCAGUUACUCAAGUGGCUGACUGAAAUGGAGACUUCUUUGAAGACCGAGUCUGACCCAUGCAGCACUUUACCAGAGAAGAGGGCACAGUUAGAGAGAUUAAAGGCAGUACAAUUGACUAUCAACAGCCAGAACAGUGCUAUUGACAGCCUCAACUCCAAAGCCCAAGCACUGAGAGAGGAUGCCAGUGAUGAUCAGCUGACAUCCAAAGUCACAGAGAUUGUCUCAAGAUACGAGGCAUUAGCAACCAGUGCAAAGGAGCAAGUAAAGAAAUGUGAGAGGUCAGUUCUCGACCAUCAGAACUAUAAAGAUGCACACACAGAAGCUGUGAACUGGUUGAACCACAUCAAGGACAAGCUAGCCAUCUGCAGCGGGGUUCACACGGACAGAACAGGGGUAGAAUCCAGUGCACACAAGCUGCAAGAGAUUAUGGACUCGAGGGAAGCUGGUGCAGAGAAAGUCCACAUUGCUUCCCAGAAAGCUGAGACUGCGUCAGCCACUACAUCUUCAAAAGGGCAGCAGGUUAUCCAGAAAGAGCUCAGUGCACUGCAGGAAGAUGUGGAGGCCACUUUCUCUUCUGCGCAGGAAAUGCAAUUAAAUCUAGAGGAGUUGUGUAUCAGGUGGAGUGACUACAUAGACCAGUAUGAGCAACUUAAUGAGUGGGUGAAGGAGCAAGAUAUCAAACUGAAGGCAGACACUGACUUUAAGGCUAAUUUAGAGGAGAAAACGAUACAGUUAGAAAAACAAAAGUCAAAAUAUGAGGACAUAGUGAAACAUCAGCCUGUCUUUGAUGCCCUGAGUGAGAAGGCACAGAGUAUAAUGCAGUCAACUACAGAUACCAGGAUCAGCACUCAACUCAUGCAACUUAAUUCUAGAUAUGCCACACUCACAGCACUGUCAAAGGAUAUGAUAAAGAAGUAUGAGCAGCAGGUUCAGGUACAUGUUCAGUACCAGCAGUGCCGUGCUGAGUUCACCACCUGGCUGGAAUCUGUGGCCGAGAACCUGGACACGUGUGCUGACACUUCUGGAGACAAGGACACCAUUCAGUCACAGAUUGAUAAACUACAGGAGUUUGCAGUUGUGAAAGAAGAAGGCCACUCACUGCUCCACACAGCCAACACCUGGGGGGACAAGGUACUGACCACAACCUCUGUGGAUGGAAGAGNAAGGAGGAUAGGUGAAGCUGAGGAUCCCCUUCAUGAGUUUGCAGUUGUGAAAGAAGAAGGCCACUCACUGCUCCACACAGCCAACACCUGGGGGGACAAGGUACUGACCACAACUUCUGUGGAUGGAAGAGAAAAUAUCCGGCGAGAGCUAGGGGCUCUACAGAGAGACUGGGAUGCUUUUGUGGCCCGCAUCAGUGACACAAAAGUGACACUGGAGUCUUGUCUCCUUCAGUGGAGUGACUAUGAUGACAGCUUGGGACAGAUAGAAAAAUGGCUGUCAGAUAAUGAAGUCAAGGUCAAGGAUGUGGCCCUGAACUCUGACAUUGGUGAAAAGAAGACACAUCAUCAAAAGAUAAAGAAUUUGACCCAGGACAUUAUAGCCUAUGAGCAGAUGGUGGACUCUGUGAGUUCCAAGGCUCAGGAGCUGGGGCAAAAGAGCCCCCGCAGCAAGGUGACAUCUCGGGCAACGCAGAUCAUGACCAGAUACGAAGCCCUUGUUGACACAGCAAAGAAUGCAGUGAAGAGAGCUCAGGAGGUGGUGGAUGACCACCAGACCUAUCACGAGGCUUGUUCUGCAUUUGCCUCAUGGUUACGGACUGCUCAAGAGAGAUUGUCUGCAUGUUCUGAUGCAUAUGGGGAGAAGUCUCUGGUUAUGAUGAAGAAAGAUAAGAUAAAGGAACUGGAGAAGAGUAUAGCAGAUGGCAAUGACAAACUUUCCAAAGUGUCUUCUUCUGCCGAUGCAGUCCUGCACAACACAUCUUCUGCUGGACAAAACCGCAUCCAGCAAGAUCUGGCCACCAUGACCCAAGAACUAGAAGACUACCGGUCAGAAGUGACCAAGGCCCAGUCUGGUAUAGAGACCUGUUUGGACAGAUGGGGCACUUACGAGGAGGCCCAACAGAAGUUUUUAGACUGGCUAAAGGACAUGGAUGUUCAUUUGAGAAAAGAACUGGAGCUGAAGGCUACCAUACAGGACAAGAAGGCACAAUUAGAUGAAUACCAGGCUCAGCACCAGGACCUUGUCUCCCACCAGCUGCACUUGGACGGUGUCAGCCAGAAGGCACAGGCUCUGCUGGAGACCAACCCAGAUGCCAAGAUCUCUCAUGGUAUUACUCAGCUCACCACAAGGUAUCAAACAGUGCUGGCAGCAUCCAUGGAGGUUAUCAGAAAACUAGAGUCAAACUUCACCGAUCAUGAGCUGUAUAGAAAUGCUUACCAAGAUUGUGAAGACUGGAUUUCUCUCACUAGAGGUCGCCUGGAGGCCACUCAAGACACCACAGGGUCAAGGCAUGAUAUCGAAGAAAAGUUGCAUAAUUGCAGAGAUCUGCAAGCAUCCUUGGAUCAGGGCCAGAGCAUGCUGAGAAGUGUUAUUGACUUAGCAGAGAAAACCAAGCCUAACUCUAAUGCACAAGGAUGUCAAACCAUAAGGGAAGAUCUGGAAACUUUGAAACAUAAUUAUGAAGGGCUGAAAACAGAAGUUAUUCAGGGUAAAGGUAAACUUGAAAAACUAGUGGCCAAUUGGAUAGACCUGCAGAAAGUCCAUGAGCAACUCCUGAUGUGGCUUAAAGACACAGAAGUGAAGGUGAAGGCUGACACUGGCUUCAGAAAUGAUCUUCCAGAAAAAAGGACAUAUCUGGAAAAAUGCAAAAUAAUUCUGCAGGAUGUCAAAGCACACCAGUCCACAGUUGACCAACUAAAGGACAAACUGACCCACAUCCAGGACCCAAAGACCAGUGGUCAGAUAACGCAGACUUGCAAUAAAUAUGAUGCUGUGCUGUCUGCCUCCAAGGAGCUUGUUACCAGUCUGGAGACCCAGGUGUCUGACCAUCAAGCCUACAGGGAGAGGUACCAUGACACCCUCACCUGGCUAGCCAUGAUGAAACAGAAGCUGAAUAAGCUGCAUACCUGCUCUGGAAAUAAGGAAGAUGUUGAGAAGAGAUUGGAGAAAUUACAAGACUUCAGAGAAGAAGCCCAAGAUGGUGCCAGCAAGGUGAACACGGCAGUAGAACUAAACGACAAAGUGGUCCUGUGUAGUGCCACCAAAGGCCGUGAAUACCUACAACAUGAGGCCAAACAACUCAAACAGGAUUGGGAAACCUUCAUGGCCAAGGUUGAUGAGGUGGAGGGAGUACUGGAGGAAUGUAUAUUGUGCUGGAUUGAGUAUGAAAACGCUUACAAGAUGAUGGAGGAAUGGCUAGUUGAAAUUGAGGCUAAGGUGAAGGCCAAGCAAGAGACUAAGAUUAUGAACUUGGAAGAGAAACAAAUUCUUGUAAAGGAGAUGCAGAUACUACAAGAGCAAAUUGCUGACCACAAACCAAUACUGGACAAAGUCAAUGACCGCGCAGAAGAAGUGAUCAAGUCCAGUACAGAUCCAGGCGUUUCCAUGGCAAUGGUUCAACUGGCGUCAAGAUACCAGACUCUGGCCUCCAUUGUUAAGGAUUCUCUGGAGAAAAUGAACCAGCAGACAAGAGACCACAAAGCAUUCAAGCGAAGUUAUGAUGACUGUUUCCAUUGGAUAGAAGUGACCAAUCAGAAACUAGCUUCUUGUAAUGAUACAAGUGGUGACUGGCAUGACAUAGAGAAUAAAAUCAGUAACAUCAAGGAGAUCACCAGUAGUUUGGAUGGAGGUCUGCAGAAGUUGAACCAUGCGUGUGAGAUGUGUGAUAGAGUCACACACAGAUCAACACCAGAGGGGAAGAAAAAACUGGAGGCACAGGUGGGCCUGUUGAAGGAACAGUGGGACAAACUAAACAAGAGCAUUAACCAGUGCUGUAGUAAGCUAGAGAAGUGUCUAAUCAAGUGGAACGAGUACGAGCAGUGCUAUGGGGUGUUGGUGCACUGGAUAGCUGAACUGGAAGAUGGCCUCAUGCUUGAGCCAGAACCCAAAGCUGACCUCAGCGAAAAGAAAGCUCAGCUAGAGAAAUAUAAGAGCAUUAAGGCAGACAUAGAACGCCAUGAUCAAGACAUUGGAGACCUAGCCAAUUUGGUCUCAGAACUGGAAGCCAUGAGUGGAAAUCGUGAAAUUGUGCGGUCCCUGGAGAAGAUCCAGGCUCGCUAUGACCACCUGCGAGACAAGGCAGAGGGAGUUGUGGAGCACCUAGAGAAAGCCGAAAAUGAGCACACAACCUACCAGCUGACCCUGCAGGAGUGUGAGCGCUGGAUUCUGCAGACGUCCUUCCGCCUGAUGUCCCACAACACUCUGAACACCAGCACUAUGGAGCUGACACAACAGCAGAUUGACAAGCACAAGACUUUGAUUGAAGAGAUCUAUGCCUAUCAGUCCACUGUUGACAGAGUGACAGAGCAAGGAAGACAACUAAUGGAGAAAAGCAAGAGUCAACCCCACCUGGUGUCACAGAUAGAGCAUCAGUUAUCGAAUCUUGAAGACAGUUAUCUGUCUCUACAAGCAACGGCUCUACAAAUUAAGGAGCGUUUGGGCGACCUGUUACAAAGAUGGCAGCAGUAUAAGCAGCUGUUGGUGGACUGUGAGAACUACCUUAAGUACGACCACGUCACCUGGCUGGAAGACAAGUCGCAGCUCUGUGCUGACAACUAUCAGGAUGCCUUUGAUAAACUGAAGAAUGCUAGGAAAAUCUAUGACCAGUUGACCACCUACCAGAGGACCAUUGCCUCAGAAGCACACAAGUGUGAGAAUGUGGGCAGUAUGGAGAGUCUUGACCAACUGGACUCUGUCCUGGACUCUGAGGUCACUCAGCUAGCAGAAAAGGUCAAUGAUGACAUUGGAAACAGCCUAGAAAAGACUAAAGAUCGCAUUCAGGAAAUUAACGCAAUGAUCAGAAACUGGGAAGAAUUGGAGAAAGAGAAGUCAGACUUAGCAGACUGGAUAUAUCACAAGCAUGAAGAUGUCAUAGCCAUGAUGGACAGACAUGCCAAACUACAUGUAGAUGCUGCAGAGAUUGAGAUAAAGCAUGCCAAGGAACUGGAGAAGGAGAUUCUUCAGAGUGAGAAGCAGCUUGAAGGCCUCUGGCAGCGCUAUUUUGACCUGACUGCGGACAGCGAAGCCGACACGGAUCCCGCAUACCUGAAACUCCGCCACAAUUGGCAAAAUAUGAGGGACGAGAUUGAGCACUUCUUGGUCAAUAGGGAAGAUUUCUUGGACACUUGUCGAGACUAUCACAGCCGCCAUAGCACCUUAGAUGCCACCCUGGAACAGUACGCCCGCGAACUUGAGCGUAUCGAACAAGAUGGCAAUGCAACCAUUAGUGAGAGGGCUGAGUGGUUAAAGCCUGGUGCCAUGGAUAGUCAUGAGUGUGGGACGCAAACCCUAGGUGAAGGAUACUCAUCAAGGUCAAGAGGGAUGGCAAGGUCACCAUCAGGUGGCGCCACACCAAGACUGCCACAGAGUGGUAGACAAACACCCCAGUCUCGGUCCCAUAGGACUCGAGCAAAGUGUAAUGACACUGGAACCAAUAGCCCUAAAACAGGCCAGACCACCCCAAGGGACACCCAAAGUGGUACCAAUACCCCCAGAUCAAGAUCUGGUAGGACCACACCAUGGCUUCAUCCAAGUGAUGCCAAUUCCCCCAGGACAGGGUCUGGUCGCAGUACCCCCAGGGAGAGGAAGAAACUGUGGCCAGAUGAGCUGGAGUAUGAAAGUGAUGAGUCUGGACUGGGGGAGACUGUGUAUACAUGCCAGGGUUCUACCAGUGGCACCAUGCCUGCAUCACAGAAUAGCUCUGCUAUUCUAGAUGGCAGUAGUAGUCCUGCUGUGGAUAAUCAAGAAGCACAGGAGAUUGAACAAAUUAUGCAAGAUAAUUUAGGACACUCAUUGUUAAGUCCUCUUCAGGUUGGUCGGGGUACUUCACCUGUACAUAGUGAUUCUAGUCUUAGAUUGCCAGGUCUUCAUUACGGAACUCAAACAGACAACUCACUAGGUCCCCUACAGUCAACAAUGAUGAAUAGGGCCAGUGGAACUGGAAAUCAAUUUAGAAAUUUUGAUCAAAACUCUCAAAGCUCAGAAGAUGGAGAGGACACCAUAAGUGUAACUGCUUCUUGGACAACCUUGGACACCCAGGUGCCUGCUGCUACUAGGGAUUUCUCAAUGCAGACUAUCAGAGAUAGUGUGACACAAACCCCUGGCCAUGCUGGUACACAGACCAUGGUCAUAGAACCUGAAAACACUUCUAGUCCAAGGCAAACAUAUGACUUUUCAAUGCAGACUGUGAGAAGUGGGUCUACACAGACUCCAGGACAUGUUGGCACACAGACACAUUCCAGAAACUUUAGAAGCCAAGUGCCAAGUGGACCAUUAGGGAAUAUGUCCCAAGCACUUGGUGCUGGAAGAAAUUUGAAGGUACCAGGUACCUUGGAUUCUUCAGGUCAGAUAUUAAGGAACAAUACAAUGCAGAAUACAGGAUGUGCUGGAACACAAACUUCUGAGAAACCUCUGACACAGCUUUCACCACAGACCAGGAGACAAGAGAGAAGACCUUUUGGAUCACCUGUUGUUAGAGGAAGGGAAAGUCCCAUGCAAAUGGAUGUUUUUCCGUCUGCAUCUUCAACAGUUUCCCAAGAAAACAUUCCAGAAAUGAGAGAUUUUGGUGGUCAAACAAUAUCAAAUCAUUCCACUCAGACACCAGACCAUGCAGCUACACAGACUCCAAGCAGACAUCACUGGAAGCAUUUGAAGCAAAAGAAAGAUAAGGAUCCAAAGAAGUUAAAGAAAAAAUCUGGCUCUAGGGAGUCUCUGCCCAAGAGUAAAGCAAUGAGGAAUGAUAAAGAUCUCGAUUUGGUUCCAACAAAAUUGAAUCGUGUUGAUAGAAAUUUAAAGGAUAAUCCAAAAUUGAAACAUUUGGAUGGAACUAAGCCUAAAUAUGUAUUUGACAGUGAUGUAGAUACUCUCGUCUCUGUUAGACCAUGGAGUAUUUCAAGUCAGACGGAGAAUAUGGCAGCUGAGGCCACUGGUCAGACACCACUGCAUACUAGCAGUCAAACUCAAACUCCUGUAAAAAGCAAACCAAAAAGGAAAGGCCGCGAAAGCCCCAGGAAUUAUGCAAUUAGAAACUUGAUUGAUGAAGUUAGGAAGAUAAAGGAUGAUAUGGAUAACAGAGAAAUGCCCAUGGAGGUGGAUGCACCUUCAAAUACACCUGAUCAACGAAGGCACCAUAGGAGUCAUAGUGCCAGAGAACCUAUACUAUCACACAGAAAACCCGCGAGUACAUUGGAUUCUUCAGCACAACAUAGUGAUAGGCACUCCAGGAGUUUAAGUGAUAGACUGGAAGGCAGGUAUCCGCUGUUGCCAGACAGGACAAGAAAUAGAACUGGAUCCCAACAGAGAGAUUCGUUCAGAUAUGAAGAACCUUCACCAAGGCAGGAGAGGAGAGAACAAGCACCCAACUAUCCAACAGGCCAACACGCUCUUAGAGUACCAAGAAGUCCCUGGUUGCCACCUGAUAGGCAAGUCAUUCCCAGGCCCCAGUCUUCCAUGCCUAUGGCACCACCUAACUCUCCAAACAUGAUAUUUGUCACCGAGCCCCCUGUACAGCUUGUCAACACACCACCACCACCAUCACCGCCUCAACCCAUUGUGUUAGCUGUGCCUGUCACAACCACUCCUGUCACAUCCCAACGCACUCAAAUCCCAGUGCCUGUCAACCCAGCCAGGUCUCCUCCAUCUCCAAGAAGAGCCUCACCCAGGGAAUUCACCAGGGAAUAUGGGUCAGCAGGACUGUCUGAUAAGAAAAAACAUAAGACUGCUAAACAAAAGGAUAAAAAAGACAAGCAGGAUAUGGAUGUUGCUAUUGCCAAAGCUACAAAAAUGGCUAGAGAUAUGAAAGAGACUUCUGAGACCAUGAAAAGAUCCCUUUUAAAGGAUCUGAUAGAAACAUAG